AAAUGGAAUAAUUAUAGAAUAGUGACCAGAAUUUGUGGAUUAAAAUGGCCUUGGUUUUACAUCUGAAAUAUGCAGAGAACUUACCUGGAAAAGGUGAAAGGAUGGCAAAGGUGUCCUUCCGAGGAGUUUCUCACUACACAAAGAUCGUCGAGACCAAUGAUGAGAGUGUCUGGUUUGACGAGACUUUCCAGUGGCCAGUGGCCCGACCUAUCGAGAAGGACGAGUACAUUGACAUCCAGCUGUACAACUACAACAAGUACCUUAGUAACAGGUUGAUUGGACUGUUUCGUAUGAUACUGCAAGAGCUGGUGGAGGUUGGAAAUGUGAAGAUAUCAGACUCACUUCUUGAUACCAAUAAUGUGGUCAUGAAGACGAUGCUCACAUUUGAGCUGACAUACAACGCCCCCGAUGGCUCAGUGGGGAUGUGGCAGAGAGGCGGCUUCGAGCCAAUCAAAUGUGACGAGCUUCGAGGCGUGUUCACCGAAGAGGAGCGCAACCAAAUCAACCUGGAGAAUAGGGCUGACAGCCUGCGCGAGCAGAGUCGAAGGUCGAGCAUGGAUAUUGAGGCUGAUGUCGAUGCUGAUAAGGAAUCAACGCAUUUUGGCAGCAGUAAAUCCACUCUCACUGGCUCACGACUCAGUGUUUCUUCAAAAGCCUCGAGUGGAAAAUCUCCUAACACUUUACGUAAAAUCUCGACUGUCAUGAAGUUCAUGACUGCAAAACAGCGAACAAACGGGACUGAUAACCUAGACAAGCAGUCUCUCAUCGAUGAUUUGGAAGCAGAUGCCAGUCUAGAUGCAAAGGCAGCUGAGGUGGCCUCCAUGUUGUCGGGGAUUGCAUCGGAGAAAGAUGACGAUUAUGAGAAAGAUGGCGAUGGAAAUUCCGUCAUCUUACAAACAGGAAUCAAACGGAAAGCUAAAUCUCAGAGCCUGGAGCCAGUCUCAUUGAAGGCGCAGGACUUCCAGGUGUGCAUCACAGUGAUCGAGGCUCGACAGUUAGCAGGGCUCAACAUGGACCCAGUUGUGUGUGUUCAGGUCGGGGACCAGAAAAAGUACACAAGCGUCAAGGAGUCCACAAACUGUCCGUACUACAAUGAGUAUUUUGUGUUUGACUUUCACAUGGCGCCGGCUAUGCUGUUUGACAAAAUCAUCACACUCACGGCAUUGCAUGGGAGAAAUUUUAUCAACGCUGGGAAGACAAUCGGAGUCUUCAAAUGUGAUGUGGGGACACUGUACUCACAGAUUGAUCACCAGUUCUACCAUAAGUGGGCCAUGUUGAUGGAUCCUGACGACAUGAGUGCUGGGGUCAAAGGUUACCUGAAAUGUGACAUUGCGGUUAUUGGCAAAGGUGACUCUGUCAAGGUCCCACCACGGACUGAUAAGGAUGAUGAUGAUAUAGAAGCGAACCUGCUCCUUCCAGACGGGGUACCGGCGGACCGACAGCGGGCUAACUUCACUGUGAAAGUGUACCGAGCAGACGGUCUCCCUAAGAUGAACACAGGAGUCAUGGCCAGCGUGAAGAAAGCUCUCACAGGGGAGGGAAAGGACCUGGUUGACCCCUAUGUACAGGUCUCAUUUGCAGGUCAUAAGGGGCGUACAAGUGUAAAAAAGGGCUCCUAUGAACCUGUGUGGAAUGAACAGCUGAUCUUCUCUGAAAUGUUUCCACCACUCUGUCGACGAAUCAAAGUUCAGCUUCGUGACAGCAACAAGGUCAAUGAUGACAUAAUUGGAACACAUUACAUCGACCUGGCAAAGAUUGAGAAUGAAGGAGAAAAAGGUUUCGUGCCAACGUUCGGACCCUCUUGGGUGAAUCUUUAUGGGUCCACACGCGAUUACAGCCUCCUUGACGAGCACAAUCACCUCAAUGACGGUCUAGGAGAGGGCGUGUCGUUCAGGGGUCGUGUCCUUGUCUCCAUACGCACUGACAUUCUUGACAACCAGGAGGGGGGACCGGCAACAGUGGAGGUGGAGCCAGUUGCGCCCAUUCCUGAGAAUGCCUUGGGGAGGUAUGAAGAGUACUUCCUGUUUGGAUGUUUCCUGGAAGCCUCCAUGAUUGAGAAGAAGCUCUGUGAUAAACCGGUUCACUUUGAAAUGAGUAUUGGCAAUGCGGGAAAUGUCAUGGAUGGUUACAACCCACCAACGCGACAGACGUCAAGUAGUUCAGAAGACACCACAGGCGAAGAGGACGGGGACGACAAUGCUGAUGACGCAACACCUGAGGCUCCAAAGUGGCAGAGUACAACAGCACCCGUAAAAGCACUGACGCGAGACAAGGUGUAUUUCCACCUGCCAUAUUAUGAAGAGAAGCCGUGUUUGUACGUGCGAGACAUGUUUGAGGACCAUCGACGGAGAAUGUACAACUCUAACAUACUGGAGAAAAUAGCAGAAAAACUGGAGGAUGGCAUUGCAGAGGUCAACGAGAUGAUCUCGCAGGAACAGCCGUUCCCAGAGAAGCGUCUAAGGGGCGUGUACGAGGAACUGGGAGCUGCCUGCUCCAAGUUUGUGUCCCUAGUGAAGGGAACAGGGGGCGGGGCCUCCGCAGGGAAGACACGCCUCGAUAAGGAGAGACACAAGCUGCUCGUUAGAGAACUGGACCAGUUAUCGACCCUGUCUCGUACAAUGAAGGCUACGACGACCAAAAGCAACUUGAAAGACAGGCUGCGGAUUGCCACUCAGUACCUGCAGAAAAUUAAAAGCCUGGUUGUUGAGCCCCAGCAUGCUUUGCCCGACGUGUUCAUCUGGCUGAUCAGUGGAAACAAGCGCGUGGCAUACCAGCGUCAGCCUGCGCGAGACCUCAUCUACUCUAUAGUGGACGAGGAAUGUGGCAAGGAUUGUGGGAAGGUGAAGACCCUGCUGCUCAAGUUGCCAGGCAAGAAAGCCUCCAGCCAAGCAGGCUGGUCCAUACAGGCCAAACUGCAGGUGUACCUAUGGCUGGGCCUCAGCAAACACAAGAAAGACUUCCUGCGCGGGCUGCCCAACGGCUAUCAGGAGUCGCGCGCCCUCAAACAGGCCAUCAAGCCCCAGUGUGUGCCACCUUCCUUCAUCCUCUACACAGAGAAGCAGACGUUUCAACUGCGAGGUCACAUGUACCAGGCCCGCAGUCUGAUUGGCUCGGACGCCUCUGGGCUCUCUGAUCCCUUUGCUCGCAUAGCCUUCAUGGACCAAUCGGUGUCUACCCAAGUCAUAGAGGAGACGCUCUCGCCGACCUGGGAUGAGAUGCUUGUGUUAAAUGAGGUCACGAUGUACGGAUUGGUCCAAGAAAUUGCCGUCUGCCCACCGACCAUUAUCGUUGAGGUUUUCGAUCAGGAUAAAGUGGUUUCUUUAAAAUCCAACGAUACGGGCAAGUCGGAGUUUAUCGGACGGGCGUUGUGCAAACCUGUUGUCAAACUGUGUAACGAGAAGUACGAGAGUCCUAAAUUCCCGCCCAGCUUGGAAUGGUGGGAUAUCUACCGCGGCACAGACCGGGCUGGAGAACUGCUGGCCGCGUUCGAGCUUUUACAGUUUCCAUUUGAUGAACUGGAGCUAUCCGUAGCCAAUCGUACCCCUCCGUAUGCCAGAAAAUCUGUUCGGCUUGCUGGUUUUGCUAACAUGGGCCAAGAUUUGCCUCCCCUGCAGUUGCCCACGGAUACUAUGGAGCGUCCAGACCGUGGUCCCGUCAUGCCUGUACCUAAGGGCAUCAGACCGAUAUUGAGCAAACACAGGAUUGAGGUUCUGUUCUGGGGAGUUCGAGACCUGAAGCGGGUCCAGCUGACCUCUGUGGACAAGCCUCGUAUUGACGUAGAGUGUGCGGGCCGUGUGCUACAGUCUGCGGUGAUACUCAACUGCAAGAAGAACCCAAACUUCAGCAUCCCCGUCAAAUACUUUGAUGUGGAACUGCCAGAAAACGAGCUCUAUUGCCCGCCAAUCACAAUUCGCUGCGUCGACUGUCGUAACUUUGGUCGCUACGUGUUGGUGGGUACUCAUGUUAUCAACUCCCUGCACAAGUUCAUGUACAUUCCCACAACGAAGAAGGCAAAACAGGCCCUGCAGAAACUUUUUCCAGGCAAGAAUCCAGAUGCUCCUCAUGUCAUUCAGACGGGGCCGAUGUCGGUGAAAAUGUCCGACGUGGUGGUCACCAUUGACGAGCAUUCCAGCUUGAUUAAGAGGGAAACAGAGAUAACUAUAGACCGUGGUCCAUCUGAAAAAGAAAGGAAAACAUUGGAAAAUAAGAAACGCCGUCGUUCAACUCUUGAUGACGAUGACUUAGAUGAAGAAGCAAUGGAUUGGUGGAGUAAAUACUUUGUUUCCAUGGACACGCUUAUAAUGGAGCCCAAAGAAGUAUCCGAACAGGAACAUGAUAAAAAGAGAGAGGAGAAUUAUGGAGAUCCUCUUGACCUUGAUAAUCAGGUCAUGGCCUUGACCUCCAGUCCUGAUCAGUUGACCCCACAUGUGACUCCAUAUGGGGCCAUCACCAACGGCAACCCCAACCAGUCAACGGAUGACCCAGACUUCAACCCAAAAGAGGCCAAAAAGAUGGAAGAAGUGCUAAAGAAGCAGGAAAAGCGGAAUGAGAAGCGCACCUUCAAAGGGACGGCCAAAGCGGUGGGGAUAGCGGCCAAACUGUCGCCAAAGUCUCAGAGGAAGAAGAACAAACUGUUGUCAUCCACUGCACAACUCAAGUCAGUGACUGGCUUUGUCAACAGCGCCUUUAAUCUUGAUGGGGAAGAAGACAAUGAGAGACAUUACAAAGACCAUAGGGCAAAGUUGCAGAUCUACCCUAAUGAGCUGGAGGCACAGCCAGAGUUCAGUGGCUUCAGAGACUGGCUACACACGUUUGAGCUGUACCGAGGAAAGAACAUGGGCAACGAACUCACAGACGAGGGGAGGAUUGUUGGAAAAUUUAAGGGAUCAUUGAAGAUCUACAAGAUUCCUCUGCCGGCGGACAUCGAGGACAAGACAGUGACGGGCGGGGAUCCCCAGUACGGACUCUUCCAGAGUCUCCCUGGCAAUGAGCCAAUCAAAGUGCUUGUCAGAGUUUAUGUUGUCAAGGGAAAUGACCUUCAUCCUGCGGACAUGAACGGCAAAGCAGACCCCUACCUGGUGGUUCGAUUGGGCAAUGCCACGCCAAUCAACGACAAGGAGAACUACAUCUCAAAACAGCUCAAUCCCAUGUUCGGAAAAUGUUUCGAGAUCGAAGCCACAUUUCCAAUGGAGUCAUUGCUGACCGUUCAAGUUUACGACUGGGACCUUGUUGGUAUGGAUGAUCUGAUUGGCGAGACAAAGAUUGACCUAGAAAACCGCUACUACAGUCGACAUCGCGCCACGUGUGGCAUUAGUCAGAGAUUCGACACCCUGGGCUACAAUUCCUGGCGGGACCCACUGAAGCCCACACAGAUCCUGUCACGACUCUGCAAGGAGGGGAAAGUGGAUGGGCCACAUUACCAGCCCGGGAAAGUGCGAGUGGAAAACCGGAUCUUCACAGCACCAGUUGAUGAUACGGAAGACGAAGAAGGUGUACGUAAAUCCAUGGAGGAGCAUUUAGCCCUGGCUGUUCUUAACCACUGGGAGGAAAUACCAAAAGUUGGGUGCAAACUGGUUCCCGAACACAUUGAGACACGACCACUCUACAACCCAGAUAAACCGGGAAUUGAGCAGGGCAAACUGGAGAUGUGGGUGGACAUGUUCCCCAUGGAUAUGCCUGCCCCUCCCCCUGCAGUGGACAUAAGUCCAAGAAAACCUAAAAGCUACGAGUUGCGCUGCAUCAUCUGGAACACGGAUGACGUGGUACUCGAGGACGAUGCAUUCUUCACUGGGGAGAAGAUGUCAGACAUUUACGUGAAGGGUUGGAUCAAGGGACAAGAAGACAUGCAGUCCACAGAUAUACACUACCGCUCUCUAACAGGCGAAGGUAACUUCAACUGGAGGUUCAUCUUUCCAAUUGAUUACCUUGUGGCGGAAGAGAAAAUUGUGAUUUCGCGAAAGGAGACUUUGUUCUCGUGGGAUGAGACCGAGACUAAGAUUCCAGCAAGACUCAAUCUGCAGGUUUGGGAUGCAGAUCAUUUUUCGGCAGAUGAUUUCCUGGGGGCACUAACUCUGGACCUGAACAGGUUCCCCAGGGGAGCUAAAUCUUCCAAACUCUGCACGCUUAACAUGCUGAAAAAUGACGGUAGUGUUCCACAGAUGUCGCUUUUCAAACAGAAGCGCGUUAAAGGCUGGUGGCCCUUUGCUGUGAAGAAUGAACAGACAGAUGAACUGGAACUUACUGGCAAGGUAGAGGCAGAGCUCCAUCUGUUCACGUCAGACGAGGCCGAGAAACAUCCCGCAGGUCAAGGUCGCAAUGAACCAGACCCCCUGGAGAAACCAAAUCGUCCAGACUCGUCAUUCGUCUGGUUCCUCAACCCGCUGAAAUCUCUGCGUUACAUUCUCUGGCACAACUACAAAUGGAUGAUCAUCAAAGUCAUCAUUUUUUUGCUCCUGGUGGCCAUCUUGGUUCUAUUCUUCUACUCAAUGCCUGGAUACUCGGUGAAGAAAAUCUUCGGUGCUUAGCUUGGCUAUCUUCGGUGCUUAGCUUGGCUUUAUUGAUGACAGCAGACGAUUUGUACAUUCUAUACAUUUGAGAGACAUUGAUGUGUUUAUAAACAUGGCAUCAUUAUUAUUUGUUGAAUUUCUGUUCACAAGAUUAGCACCAUGUUUUAUUACAAGCAGGAGGCUUAAAAUGCAUAUGCACCAUAUGGUCAUGCAAAUGUCAGCAUUUACAUUAGUAAAGUUGUUGUAAAGUCAACUCGUAUUUCCAUGUUUUUAUUUGUGAAAACAGUAAUGCACUGUUUCAAAGCUAUCAGUAAUUCUUGAUUUCAGCGAAUACAGUUUAAAUCAGACUUUGCCAAAAAUGCUUUCAAAAGAAAAUCAGUUUAAACAUGAAAAGCUGUGGUUUUGUAUUAACUUGUUAUCAUGGUUGUUGACACAGAGAAACAACACCUGUAUUUGUGUGUGUACAAAUUUUAGUCAUAAUUAUGUAUUUAAUGUCUAUUGUGCAAUUAUACAUAUGUUUAUAGUUUUAUGUGAGUUUUCUUGUGGGUUAUUAAUAUCUUUGUUGGUGUGUUUGUAUUGCUUUUAAACAUUUCUAUAUUUACUAUAUAAUGUUUCUAUGCCACAUGUUUGUCUUGGUCACUUUGGCAAAAAAUAGAAAAAUAUGUAAAAUAAUAAUAUUUUUGUGUGUCUGUGUUUUCACAUUUAUAUUUUACAGGAUGUAUGGUAAGAUAUUGGUUUACAUAAUACUCAACAUUUAAUGACUUUCAUUUUAACUAUUUUCUGUUAUAAUUAUGGAAUUUAUGUAUAUACUUUACAUAUACUAAUUUAAUACUUUGCUCAUAAUAUUAUAUGUAUAUUACAUAUUUAUUUUUCUGCAUUGAAAUUAUAAAUGUGGAUAAAGUGUUCAAGUUCUAAAUAUAAUUAAAUUUGUCAUACACACUUUCCUACCUUAAAUAAUGAUUUUUAUUUCAGUCCUCACUUGAAAUAUAAGCCAAUUGUUUUUAAGGCAUACAUAAGGCAACACAUUGGAUUUGUCAAUAUUUUAAAUUGUGCCCAAGUUAUAGAUUUUGAUGUUUGAAGACUUUUGCCUACUGAUAUAUUAUUUUUAUUUUUUCAGAUCAGAUCUUUUAGUAUUACUGUAAUUACUCAAGUUUUUGGACACUCAAUGUUUUUGUACGCCCUCUUCAAUUAUGUUUAGCAAGAGUAAUUAUUUUUCGGUAUAUCACCUUGUUUGGAAAUCUGAAUUUUGAAGGUUUAUGCUAUAUGUUUGUUGACAGUCCAAUAGUUGUGUCAUACAGUUGUUUAAAUUCGAAUGUUUGUGUGAUAUGCAAUUUCAUAUUUGUUUUUCAGGAAUUGUUGUGAGUUUUAUGCACUUUUAUUGUUGUCUUGUUAAAAAAAUAAUUGUUAUCAUAAAUAAUGUUGUUAUCACAAUGCAACUGUUUGUUAACUGCAAUAUGCACAUUGUUACAUAGUUGUGUAGAUAUCAGUCGCAUAUACAAUAUCAUACAAUAUACAAUUGUUUGAAUAAAAAGCAAGUGAAUUUUUUAACACAAAAAAUAUAAUCUUAAAAACUGUAUUUAGAUGUCUACUGGGUUGAAAAAUUGUGAUGUAAGACUUUAAGACAACUAAAUUGCCAUAAGAAUGCCAAUUUCUUGCAACAAAAGGUAACUGAAUUUAUUAAUUCCAUUUGCUCUUGCUGUUUCAAUUUUAUAAGUUGUUUUUGUUUUGUUUCUAUUAUACUAUUAAAAGUAAAAUCAUUGUGUAAAUACAACACUGAAAACUA